GACCCCCGCCAUCCCCAUCAUCAUCACCGCCGUCUACUCCGCCGUCUUCGUCGUCGGCCUGCUGGGCAACGUACUCGUCAUGUUCGUCAUCGUCAGAUACACAAAGAUGAAGACGGCCACCAACAUUUAUAUAUUCAAUUUGGCUUUGGCCGAUGCUUUGGUUACUACAACCAUGCCUUUCCAGAGCACCGAAUACCUCAUGAACUCUUGGCCAUUUGGGGAUGUGCUGUGUAAAAUAGUUAUUUCCAUCGAUUACUAUAACAUGUUUACCAGCAUAUUCACACUGACCAUGAUGAGUGUCGACCGCUACAUUGCCGUGUGUCACCCCGUCAAGGCUCUGGACUUCCGAACCCCUGUCAAGGCCAAGAUUAUCAACAUAUGUAUCUGGGUGUUGUCAUCGUCCGUGGGGAUAUCUGCUAUAGUCCUUGGAGGAACCAAAGUCAGGGAAGACAUGGACACUAUUGAGUGCUCUCUGCAGUUUCCAGACCACCACUAUUCCUGGUGGGACCUCUUCAUGAAAAUCUGCGUCUUCGUCUUCGCGUUUGUGAUCCCGGUCCUGAUCAUCAUCGUCUGCUACACCCUGAUGAUCGUGCGCUUGAAGAGCGUGCGGCUGCUGUCGGGCUCGCGCGAGAAAGACCGCAACCUGCGUCGGAUCACCCGGCUGGUCCUGGUGGUGGUGGCGGUCUUCAUCGUCUGCUGGACGCCCAUCCACAUUUUUGUCUUGGUGGAGGCCCUGGGGAGCACCUCCCACAGCACCGCCGCCCUGUCCAGCUAUUACUUCUGCAUCGCCCUGGGCUACACCAACAGCAGCCUCAACCCCAUCCUCUACGCCUUCCUGGACGAAAACUUCAAGAGAUGCUUCAGGGACUUCUGCUUCCCCUUCAAGUCGAGGAUGGAUCGGCAGAGCAACAGUAGGAUCCGCAACACGGUCCAGGAUCAUACCUAUCUGAGGGAGGCGGAUGGGGCCAAUAAGCCGGUAUGACUAGUCGUGGAGCUGUCUUCGUACGGGCCCCUGGGACGAGAGGAGUCCAAUGAUCUAGGAUUAACUCAGAUAACCACGGCACUGUGAAUCGGAAGAACCGGGGGAGGGGGAAGAGAAACACUUGGGAAAUUCUCCCGUCUGAAAGUGGAUACGAUCCCUCCCGCAACCCACCCUGAGUUCAAGAGCAAUUCUAGACGUGGCUCAGGGUUUCAGAAUGAAGGGGCCCAGAAUUGGUUCAUCAAUUGCUCCUGGAGCACAGAUGAUGAGUUUUUCUUCUGACACUUCACUUCGAUUCCAUCCACACCACAGUUGGCCGCGGUCCAACAUGCAGGCACUACUUCAGAGCGCCGUGUGGAGUAAGCGUUUGAUUCUGAACAAGAAGGGGCCCUUCAGCCCCCAACCCUUGGACACUCGUGAAGACCAGUGCUGGAUUCAAGAUCUCAUUGCACUGUGUGAACGAUCACUAAGUCUGGCUGUGCUGGGAAAAUCCAGAUUAAGCAUAACUCAGAUUCACACUCAGAGUGUGUCAGGUGACCAGGUGGUAGGGAAACACUGCCCUUUUGGCAUUAAAAGACAAUUUCAGGUGUCAUCAGCAUAGUGGAGCCUUCAAUGAUUUUUAAUGCUCUUUUGGAUGAUUCUCUGAAAUGAUUUACUAUGUGAUUUACAUUGCUACUGUUAAGUGGGUCAGGAAAAUGGCAAAAUGUUAUUGCAGAUUAUCAUGAACGGGCACUUGGAAUUUUUUGAUUUCUAUCCCCAGGAGCCGUCUGGUGACGUCCAGAGUCAUGUCAGGGACAGAGGUUAUUAGAAGGUCGAAUGCCAAAUCAAACAUACUUCAUUCUCAAAUAUUUUGCACGUGCAGGUAACAGUUGGGCUUUCUCUCAUUGGAUCCCCUUGGCGUAUGUGCCGAGGCUGAGUAAACCACACCGUAAAACAUCUGGUUCUCCCUCCUUCCCUCCCUCUUUCCUUUUCCUUUCUCCCUCUCUCCCUCUCUCUCUCUCUCCCUAUUUAGCCUUGAGCCCUUGAAUGAUGGGGACUGCACUCCAGGGUUUAGCAUGGUGCUUGACACAUAGUAGGAACUUAACAAAUACCAUCAUUUUUAACUACAGUGAAAUCCUUUGAUUUUUUUUUUCUUAGGAGGUUUUCCUAUGCCUUUCUCCGGAUUGACAAAAGAUGCCUGGGGUGUGCUGUAGGUCUGGACUGCCUCCCCACUCUCAUCCUGCUCCCAGCUUUCCUGGACUCUGAAGACCACCCUGAGACACUCCCCCUCACACACCUUCCAGGUCAGCUGUAAGGUCAGCGGGAGUGAGCUGUGAGGAAGACAGUCCUGUCAAAAGGGCAGCACUGAGGCAUUGGAUUCUUGAGGCAGGUUUCCACCUUUCCAGAACCCUUGUCACCCAGUGUGGCUUCCGCUGCAUAGAGGCCUGGACAAAGCCAUAUUCUCAACAGAAUGUUGCACUCCCCAUCACCUGACCGCUUCACAAAGACUCACACAGUAGGACUUAGACACCACGCAGAACCAGGGUGGAUUUUUUUUUUCUACAACAAAGGAUGCACUUUUGAGCCCGGCUUUAAGUUCAUCGUGAUACUUAAAGGCUUCCCCAGUAACCAAAGGUAGAAAAGGGCUGGUUGGCUUGAACACUUAGCACAGUAAAUUCCAGACACCUUAGUUAUCCUUCCAAAUUGACACCCAAUUACGUUUAUGGACGCAAGGAUUAAAGCUGCAAAAUGUCUUUGACAAAAGCGGUGGACGGUUUGUCCCUCAUUUUUUCUGGAAGUGUGAUCUUACCGGGGUCCAAGUCUGUGCUUUCUAUUCACAUCUUUUAUCCUGAGGGGAAACUUGAGCAAAGAUAAUAAGAAGCCAGUGGAAAUCUGAGAAAGAGCCA